CCAAUCUAUACCAUCGUUCCCUCCACCCUUCAGUUCAUCGCGCAUCCUUGAAUACCCCAAAGCAGCAGAUUUCUCGUCGCAUUUCCCUCACCCUUCAAUUCAACCCGACAUUCAGCACACCAUGGCUUCCAAACCCAACCCCCAAGCCCUCCAAACGCGCAUCACCCAUCUCCUCAAACACUGGCCCACCGACAAAGUCCGACCCGCUUCCGUCUCCGUCCAGAACUACCUCCAAGCAUGUCUCGGACUACCCACCGCCGAAGCACAACAGAAGAAGGAGCCGCAGCAAGUCCCACAAAAAGUCAACAUCAAUGAGGCGUCACUGAAUGCGUUGUCCUCGUUGCUGGAGGAUCGGUACGCGAGACGGUACCCGUUGUCGCCGCGCUUGCGCCGGCCGGCGAGUAACCCGGAUCACUAUGAUAAUGUUAUUCGGGAGUUUGAGGAGGCGCCGUCGCGGGAUUGGAUGGGGAGGUUGAAGAAGAGGUUGUCGGGGAUGUUGCGGUUGAAAUAGGUGGUUUUAUUCAAUGGGUGGGGAGAGAUGAUUGUGUUGCUGCUCUUGUAUCACUAUGGUGGAGGAGGGUUGGUAUCGGGAGAGGUUACAAAAAAGACAUCUCUGUACUUUUAUGACAAUGUACAUAUAUAAUAUAGCAGGCGAAAUUGGUAUCUGUUCAAUUUUAUGUUCUUCUGAUGGGAAGUCAAG